ACCCGGAUGUCAUUCGUAGCUUUAGCCUGACAGCUAGCAACUGAAGCUUGCAUGCUUAAUACUUGCGUGACGUUUUGUGGUACAUAUUUAUUGAUGUUUAGGUGUAGAUUUUAAGGCCGUCUUAAAUCUCAAUAAGUUAUUUAAGUAUCGUUUAAUUGGAGGUUUUUGUAAACCUUCCACGGUUAGGUUAUUUACUCAACUUGUUUAUCGAAGGAAGGUCCAGGACUUUUUAUUAUUAUUAUUUUUAGUUUAAUUAUUAGUGCGAGGAAGCGGAUUUUUUUGUGCCUUUUUUUUUUUUGUUACCAGAAGCAACAGUAGCUCCUCGGUAGCAACACAGCCUGAUGCUGCCACACCUGCUCCCUCUGACUGACUGGUCCCAGUUACCGUGAGCUUCUGCACCCAGUUCGCAGCACCUCCACACCAUGUCCGCUCAGCCUGGACUCAAACCCUCCCUGCGCUUCGGUCAGGUGGUCAUCGGCCCACCAGGUUCAGGUAAAACCACUUACUGCCGGGGGAUGCAAGAGUUCCUGACCAGCCUGGGACGCAAGGUGGUGGUGGUGAACAUGGACCCAGCCAACGAAGGGAUUCCUUAUUCCUGUGCAGUGGACGUCGCGGAGCUGGUCACUCUGGAUGAUGUUAUGGAGAACCUGAAACUCGGGCCUAAUGGUGGACUUCUUUACUGCAUGGAGUACGUGGAGGCCAACCUGGACUGGCUGGAGAGCAAGCUGACACAAUACAGUGACUGCUACUUCUUGUUUGACUGUCCUGGACAGGUGGAGCUUUACACCCACCAGAGUUCAGUGAAGAAUAUUUUCUCACAGCUGGCCAAGUGGAAUUUCAGACUCACAGCAGUGCACCUUGUAGACUCUCAUUACUGCGCCGACCCGGCCAAGUUCAUCUCGGUGCUGUGCACGUCUCUCUCCACCAUGCUGCACGUGGAGCUUCCUCACGUCAACAUCCUCUCCAAGAUGGACUUGAUUGAACAAUAUGGAAAACUGGCAUUCAACCUUGACUUCUACACGGAGGUUAUGGACCUGACCUAUCUUCUCGAUCACUUGGCUGCAGACCCCUUCUUUAAAAAGUUUCGCCAUCUUAACGAAAAGUUAGCGGAAGUUAUCCAAGACUACGGCCUCGUGUCCUUCGUGCCUCUCAAUGUGCAGGACAAGGACAGCAUGAUUCAGGUCUUGCGGGCGGUGGACAAGGCCAACGGGUACUGCUUCGGAGACCUGGAGGAGAGGAAUCUGCAGGCGAUGAUGUCAGCGGCUGUGGGGGCAGACUUCCAGUUCAGCUCAACUCUCGGCGUGCAGGAGCGGUAUGUUGAAACCGGUGAGAAGACCGUGGAGGAGGAAGUGAUGGAACUGUAACACGAAAAGCUCAAAUGAAGUGGACAAAACCGGAGGCAUUUUUAGCACCACCGAACCAGUUUUGGCAGCAUUUGUGUUAGUUUUUAUAAUGUAAAGUUUAUUAUAAUGAAAAAUAAAUAAUGUACAAUUUUGAAA